AAUGUUGGUUUUGUUUGUAUUCAGUGAGAACGCUUGUGUGAAGCGCAUAUUUUGUUGACAUUUCGACCGCCAAAAUAAAGUGUAUCAAUGAAGUUUCACAUCAGAUCGGAGAAACCACAAUUAUUUGUUGUUCAGUACAGAGCAAAAAAAUUCGAUCAAAAUAAAUCCAAAUCCAUUUUAUUACAAAGACGGUGUUGCUCGAACAAAAGGCCAUAAAUUUAUUGACGGCCGAUAAACGAGAGAAGCGUAUUCAUUGAAGGAUAAACGAGAACCAAUUGUUUGAUAAUUCAAAACGAGUGUUUUGAUGGUUUUCUUCGGUGUGAAAAUAAUUGUAUGCGCAAGCAUAGUACGAUGGGUGCUGUCGCUGACAAAGACUCAAUUGAUAACCGGCAAACGAUCCUCAAGCAAACACCGAGUGAGGUUCGAAUCAAUUUAUACGAUUGUAUCGUCUGCAAUCUUCGAAGUAUCGUUGAAAAAGAUACUAAAAAUCACCAUGAAAAAUGGCAUGCCGACAUACCACACGAUCAAAAUAUCUUCAAACUCGUUGAAUUCACCUCAACUCAAAUAAAAAUUUUCGGCUGUGUCGUGUGCAAUGCUAGGCAUAUCACAGAAAAUGACAUCAAGAACCAUCAUUUGAAACGGCACAAGGACAUUCCAAUCGACCAAAAUAUUUUCAAACUUGUCGCAAUAAAAGAUAAACCCACACAUGCAGCUGUGAGCUUUGAGCAAUGUUCGAUGUCUACGACUAACGUACACCAAAACGCCACAUCGAAUCGCAUGCUAGCGACAACAUUACACCACAACGCCGGACCAAUUGCGGGUCAAAGAGCUGCCACAAUGAACAAAAAUCUUCCAACAGUUGAACCAAAAAUGUUUGAAUGCAAACUAUGCCGCAAAAACAAAAUUCGAGAAGAUGGCUUGGAAGGCCAUCAUUUUAGUAAGCAUAGGAAUAUGCUCUUUGAUGCUAAAAAUUUCCAAGAGUACAAACAACAAACAAGUUCAUGCAUCGACCAAAAUGAGUUGGUUAAAGAGAGCACCAGCGAACAGUCUGAAUGGACUGUGUUGAAUCCAUUCGAUUGCCAGACCUGUGGUGCUAGAAGCCUUAGACGAUACAACAAUAAUGCUGCCAAUCCAUCGAAUCAGGCGGGGCCAUUGGAUCAAAAUGUUUGUGAAACUUGUGCAGAAGAGCUCUUGAAGAAACAAGCAUUGGAAAAACAACGGUUGGAAAAGAAACAAUUGGAAGAGAAGCUAUUGAGAGAAAAGCAAUUGAAAGAGAAGCUACUCGAGAAGAAGCUAUGGAAAGAGAAACUAUCGAAAAAGAGACCAUUUCAAAAACAGCCCUCACAAAAGUACUUGCAUAAUCUGGCUUUGGUACACAAGGAGACUAUCAAAUAUUAUCGAUGCAUGGUCUGUCAUCGCAGUGGAAUUACCGAAGAUCAGUUCAUGGAACACCCUUUCAAGAACCACGGUGUACUUUGUACAAUACCCCAAAAUACAUUCGAAUUGAUCGAGACGAUCGUGUACGGGCAUUGUUCAGUUUGUGGUCAACGCGUCGAUGAAGAACAAUUCAUUGAACAUUCAAAACAAGUUCAUUCACAGAUAUUGAUCUCCACACGAACUAAGUCGUCGAUGGGAGCCACUGGUAUCGAUGAACAAGACUCAUCAGACAGUGACAAUGCCAAUUCGGAUAAAACAAAGGUGAUGUCUAUAAAUGAGGUGAUGAAGGUCAUUCCGGGCAAGCAGAAGGCGUCUGUGCAAAAAAUCAUGAAUAUUGAGCACACACCUCCACCAAAGUUGUACAAAUGCGUCAUUUGCGGGGCUGACGGUGUCAAUGAGCAAAAUAUGGCUAAGCAUCGUGCAAAACUACAUUCAGAUAUUCCAGCAACCGAUCAAGAUUUUGUGCUGAGUACCAAAGGCAAAGGGGUAAAAUGCGAAAUUUGCUGUGCAGAAAUGAAAGGAGGUCGCCUCGAAGGCCACAUGCGUCGGGUUCAUCCAGAUGUUUUGAAAGAUGAAAAAGUAUCAUGCGAUUCUGAAACUAAUGAACUAUUCCUAGUCCAUGAAAGCUCGAACACAGUCAUCUUAAAACUGUACAAAUGCCUGGUUUGUGGAGCAGGUGAUAUUAUGGAGCAGAAUUUAAUCGAACACCAUUCGAAGAAACAUGACAAAAUUCCGACCGACACCAAUAUCUUCCACUUGAUUGGCAACACCCAUCGAGACAAAUGUAAUGUUUGCGACAAACAUAUGAAAGAAGGUCAACUAAAGGCACACAAAAUACGAUUCCAUUCACAUGUUCGACGUGAUUGUGUUUAUAACAGAAGUGCUAUGGACACGGGUAUGGACACACCCACCUCUGUUCGAACUCGUUCAGCACCCAGGCCACAGCUGGUUCAUCGCUUUCAGACAACCAUCGUGGAGUUGUACAAAUGUGGCUAUUGCAGUGCGAGUGGUUUAUUGAAGGACCAACUCAUAAAUCAUUCUCGUCAAUAUCACAAGGCUGUCGUUGAAAUCGAUUACCAUAUGAGCGUUACACGUGAAAAGGUUCAGUGUCUGUGUGAAAGCUGGUUUUGGCCGAAUAAAUUUGCCGAGCAUAUGCAUCAAAGUCACCCUUUGGUCGAAUACACGUGCGUCGGUCAAAAUGGACAGUUGAUCAGCAAAAAUAUUGAGCACAUGCCAGUUGUCCGUAAGGAUCCAGUCAAAAUGUUCAAGUGCAAUGCCUGCAAUGCUACGAGCUUACUGGAAAAAUACCUAGAGCGACACCGUUUGAAAUGCCCCAAAGAAAUGUCACCGAGUAAUGUUACUUUUGAAUUGAUGGUCACUAAGAAGCGAUGCAAAUUGUGUCACAAGCGAUUGAAGGAAGAACAUCUCGAAAACCACAUGAAUUUGAGCCAUCCUCGAAUCAAUGCUGCCAAAAUUGGGAAAGUAUAUAAAUGUGGUUUAUGCGAUGCAUGGUGUAUGAAACACAGCUUCAAGGAACAUCACACCAUAAAUCAUAGUCACAUCCCAUUCGCCAACAAUCGCUUCAAAUAUGGAACAAUCAAACAAAAGUUCUCGUGUGACUUUUGCGAAAGACGAAUUUGCGAUGGACGAAAGAAGAAACAUCAACUGAAAGCUUGUCUGCAGUACGUCAACAAGAAGAAAAUGUGGCAAAAACAAAUCUAUUCGAAUGAUGAACAGUUUGAGUAGGAAGUUUUUUGGCCUUAAAAUUAAUGAGUUACAACCGAAACCAAUUAGAAUUUAAGAUUUAUUCGUUAUCGUUUGAAUAUAUGUAUGACCAUGACUACAUUUUUCUUAUGUAAAUGAAAUCCGCUUAUGUGAUUUCUUGUUUACUCAUACAUUGAAAUGAUCAAAAAUUUAAAUUAACAAAAAUCAAAGCUAACAUAAGGACUUAUUCGUGAGACGUAAAAGAAUUUAUGUUUUUUUCUCGAUUUAUAUUUUUGAAAAGAAAAGUAUGUUUUCUAUCUGCGUUAAAAGAAAGUAUGUUGUAGUGCCGUCUAGCCUCCGCGGUCUUCACAGUUCUCGCGCAACUGAUAAGAGAUAACAGCAUGGUAUCUCGGCAAAGUUGUAGUUCUCGAGGUCUUCUAUAACAUUGCUGAAGACAGGUAACUCUUAUCAGUUGCGCGCAAUUCGCGCACAUGAAAAAGCAAAUUUUAUAUAGAACUUUUUUUUCAUAUCAUUCUUCGCGCUUUUCGCGGAACUGAUAACAGAUAACUGUCUUCAGCGAUGUUAUAGAAGACCUCGAGUAAUACAACUUUGCCGAAGACACUAAGUUGUUAUCUCUUAUCAGUUCUGCGGAAACCAUGAAAAACCGCGAGGACCCGCUAAAAACGAACAUACAUUCUUUUAACCAUUUUUAGUUGUCAUCAAACAUACUUCUCUUUAUUGCUACGAAGUUGGACAAACUUGCGUUCUUUUACGUCUCAAUAAUAGAAUUCUGAUUAAAGAUACAUCAAUCAAUUGAUCGAUUUCAUCAAAUUAUAAAAAAAGUGGUUAAUGUUGAUAAAAAAAAAACCAAAUAAAUCGAUUUCAAAAGUU